AUGACACAAAAGCGCAUCGAAUGGUUUUGGAAAUCCGAUGAUAAUCCAUUUUCAAACAUAGAAUCGUCUCAAUGGAAUUCAUAUUCAGAUAUUGAAAAUAAAAUUAUCGAAGAAGCAUUUACAAAAUUGAAGAAAGCCUAUGUUAUUCUCGACGAUUAUCAUAUUGAUUUUGAACAUCGAGUUCAGAUUUCGAAUGAUGAUAAAAGCAAACAACGUCCAGUAAAGCGAGUAGAAAUGAACAGAGAUGAAGGACACUUGAGAGAAGCACGUUUUAUGCCCAAUCCGAUAGUACCUGCCAGUUCGUUUCAUGAUUUAGUUGGACUCCGAAAGGUUUUUAUCGAGGCUUUUAUGGAAUUCUUCGAUCUUAAAUUUGAAAAAGACUGGGAAAAGCGAAAACAUGAGAUGGUAGAGAAAGCAAUAUUGGGUAUUUUGCAUGAAGGACAACUAACCGGAAAGCAACGAGAAGCUAAAUGGAUUGUUGAACAGUUAGAAAAAGUCAAAGACAAAACAACAAAAGAGAUUGGCAAAUGUUGCACUUAUCUUUAUUCCCUUGAAUCAUUUCUCUACAAAAUUCUAAAUCAUACGAUGCGUCUCAUCGGUGACAAGAAUCAUGAAAAAGUUUGGCAAAGUAAGAUAGAAACUUUAGGUCCCUUUGCUUUCCUUCUCUACUACUAUUUAUCUUAUGAAAAUUUAAAUCGUCGAACGGGUAAAACUGUGUAUCGAGGUGCUCAAUUGACCAAUGAAAUGAUUACCGAGUAUAAAAAUGUCGCUCGAAGCGAGGAUGCACGACGGUCAUUUCAAGCAUUUACAUCGUGUAGUCUCAAUCGUGAAAAGGCCGAACAGUUUGGCAAUGUUUUAUUUGUUUUGACUGCUGAAAAACGUAGUGCAUAUAGUACGCUGAACAUGGAUAUUUCUUCUCUAUCUGAUUAUCCGGAAGAAGAAGAAGUACUCAUACGACCGGGACGAUCUUUUAAAAUUGAAAGUGUUGAAUUCGACAAGAAGAAACAAAAACACGUUAUCUAUUUAACAUCGAUAUCAACAAGCGAAACAAACUAG